AUGCGAAGUCAAAGUAGACUUUCUGUCCCUGAGUCAGAUUUGGUUUCCACACGUUCGGCUCGUGUUCGUUCGCCGCCACCGACUGGAGACGAGCACAGUACUGCAGCUGUGACAAGGACAGUCAGCGCCCUCGAGUGGGAUGAUGUCUCAACCGCUAGGGUUGCUCCAAGGUGAG